AUGAGUCGUAUGCCCAUUACCGGCUGAAACCUGCAACCUAUAACUCAUCUUAAUAUACUUGCGCAUACAAUGCUGUGGUCGGCCGACCUUUGUUCUGCUGUCGACCAUUUCCUUAAAUCAUCGAUUAGUUUCUAGCCCUGUUACCAUAACCUAACCACACGAGUCCAGCGAGUGGUUCUAUCCUGGCGAGCUUGCUAGCUUUCAUGGUGACAAGUCCAGCGAUGCCUAGCGCGCUAUGUGGCGCGACGCCCACCAGCCAGCGCCCGCUCCACCACGUUGCCACCCUCCGCCGUACCGUAGCUGCCGCUCGGCGGUUACCUGGAUCAACCGCUCCUAUCUUCCGUACGCGCGAUGCCCGGUCCGUCGCUGCGGCAAGCCACAUCAACCAGAUGCACCCUAAAUCUGAGGUAUCGGUAACAUAUCUGGAGGCAGCUGAGGACGCCGCGGACGUUAGCUUGUCGCAGGCAGCAGCAACAGCAGCAGCGGCUCUCGCACCAAAGCCAGAAGCAGCGGGAGCUCCUGCGGCGGUUCUACCCGCGGCAAUCCCCGCCCCUGCGCCACCUCACCCCGCACCCCGCGCCGCGCCCUCCGUGGACCUCCCCCUGAACCUCAUCGCACCCCGCGGCGUAGCACACGCAACCGCAGCAGCAGCAGUAGCAGGUACGGCAGCAACCGCAGUCGCAGCAGCAGCAGCAGCUUCCCCCCGGCGGCCCUUCCCGCCCCCCCUGGACCUCCCCCGCAUCCGCGACGCGCUGUUCGGUGAGCCCGACAUAGGGCCCGUGUUCGCCAACCUCUUCGCCCUCAGCCGCCAGAGAGCCGUAGCCAUGCACCAGCAACAAGCCACCACCUCCUCCACCUCCUCCGCACCCACCCCCGGCCCGCUGCUGUACGCUCCCCGCUUCCCCCGCCCCCCCGGCAGCCCCCCCGCCGCCUCCCUGCCGCUGCUGGUGUACCUCCCUGGCAUCGACGGCACGGGGCUAGCGGCAUACCGGCAGUUCCCCGGGCUGGCUGCUCGCUUCCAGCUGCGGGCUGUGUUCCUGCCGCCGGAGGACCGCACGCCGUUCGGGCAGCUGGUGGAGCAGCUGGCGGAGCAGAUCAGUGAGGAGGCUCGGCUGCUGGACCCCGGCUGCCCGGUGUACCUGCUUGGGGAGUCGUUCGGGGGGCUGCUGGCGCUGGCACUGGCGCAGAAGCUGAGCUGUGUUGACCGGCUGGUGCUGGUCAACCCCGCCACCUGCUUCCCCGCCACCCCCUGGCCGGCGCUGGGGCCGCUGCUGCCCGCGCUGCCGCCCGAGGCCUACCGGCUGCUGCCGCUGCUGCUGGCGCCGCUGCUGGCCAACCCACUGGCCAUGGCGGCGCAUGCGGCGGGGCCGGGCGACCACCCGGUGCAGCAGGCGCUGGACACAGCGUAUGGUCUGCUGGACCUGCUUCCCGAGCUGUCCAGCCUGCGGGUGGUGCUGCCGCCCGCCACCCUGCGCUGGCGUCUGCAGCUGCUGCAGCAGGGGGCGCAGCAGGUGGAGCCGGCACUGCCCCGGAUCCCCCACCGCACGCUGCUGAUCGCAGGCAGCGGCGACCUGGUGCUUCCCUCCGCCGCCGAGGGCGCCCGACUGGCCGCCCGCCUGCCCCGCGCCCGGCUGGUGGAGGUGGCGGGGGGCAGCCACGCGCUGCUGCAGCAGGCGGGGGUGGAGCUGGGCAGCAUGCUGGAGGAGGAGGACUUCUACGUCCCGCGCCGCCACCUCACCCGCUCCAACGUACCCCCAACCACCCCUUCCUCCUCCUCCCCGCCGCCCGCCCCGCCCCUGGGCGGCGCCAACUUCGGCCGGCCGCUGCCCCUGGAGCUGCCCACGCCAGGAGAGAUCCGCCGCGCAGCCGACGCAGCCGGCCUGACCGCGCUGCGCCGCCUGGUGUCACCCGUCUUCCUGUCCACCGACGGACCCACGGGUCGCGUGCAGCUGGGACUGGACGCCCUGCCGCUGCCCGCUGCCGCGGUGGCUGCUGCUGCUGCCUACAGCAAUCAUGGCAGCAGCAGCAGGUCCCACAACGGCAGCACCUCCUUCUCCUCCUCCCAGCGGACCUCCUCCUCCUCCUCCUCCUGGUCAGCUUCCUCCUUCCCUGGCGGUGGCGGCGGCGGUGAUGGUGGUGGUGGAGGUGCGGUGGCGCCGGGUCCGGUGCUGCUUGUGGGCAACCACCAGCUGCUGGCUGCGGAC